UAUUUCACUCUUUAUUUUGCAAUUUUGAAUUCAUAUUAUUGAUCUUUCAAUGUAACCCAGUUGACUCUGAUUGAAGACAUUUUGUGGGUUUUAAUGGGUUUUGUUUUUUGAGAUUGUAGAUUUUCUUCUACGGAUUUUUAUUUAUACCCUGAUUUUGGUUUGUGGGUUAUAUUUCAGUUUCUGUUUUUGGGUUCAAAAUUGUGUCUUUUUUUUCUGCAUUAAUAUUAGUUUUGCAGUCUAUUUUGACUUAGCUUGUUCAAUCUGAUGUGGGUUGUUGAUUUUGAAUGCUAUUUGUGAAGGAAAUGUUGGUUAGAUGAGCAUAAGAUUGAUGGAUGAAAACUUAUGUAGAUGAGUAAUUCUAUGCCAUUAGUGAUAUUUUGUUUGAUGUAUGUUGAUUUCCCAGAACUUAUUGUAGACCUUGGUAGUGUUCAAUUGAGGGAAGUUGCAACAUGCUAAUAACAGUAGUGGGUGAAAAUUGGGGGUUGGAAUCUUGUGUUGGUUAGUAGAUGGAGAAGAAGAAAAUAGAUGGAGAUGAAUCAGGACCGUCAUCACCAAAACUAGUGGACAGAUUUGGAUUCAUAAAGCCAGAAAAUAGCAACUCUCCUGAUGCUUUGAAGAGGAGCAAGUCAACUGUUGCAUCCGAGAGGGAGGAAAGAAGAGUUCAAAAAUGGAGAAAGAUGAUUGGGGUUGGUGGGAGCGAUUGGAAGCAUUAUAUAAGGAGGAAACCUCUUGUAGUUAAAAGGCGUGUCAGAAAAGGAAUUCCUGAUUGUUUAAGGGGUCUUGUAUGGCAACUGAUCUCUGGAAGUCGUGAUCUCUUGCUCAUGAAUCCGGGAGUUUACGAGCAACUGGUAAUAUAUGAGACUUCAGCAUCAGAGCUGGAUAUAAUUCGAGAUAUAUCACGUACUUUUCCUUCUCACGUCUUCUUCCAGCAAAGGCAUGGUCCUGGUCAGAGAUCACUCUACAAUGUUCUGAAAGCAUAUUCUGUGUAUGACAGAGAUGUUGGAUAUGUUCAGGGUAUGGGGUUUAUAGCUGGUCUGCUGCUUCUUUAUAUGAGCGAGGAAGAUGCAUUUUGGUUAUUGGUCGCAUUGCUUAAAGGAGCCGUUAAUGCCCCGAUGGAAGGAUUAUAUUUGUCAGGAUUGCCUUUGGUACAACAAUACCUGUUCCAGUUUGAUCUUUUGGUGAGAGAAUACUUGCCCAAACUUGGAGAGCAUUUUUCUCAAGAGAUGAUAAAUCCUAGCAUGUAUGCAAGUCAAUGGUUCAUCACUGUGUUCUCUUAUUCUUUUCCCUUUCACUUGUCCCUUCGAAUAUGGGAUGUCUUUCUGUAUGAGGGUGUGAAAGUUGUCUUCAGAGUUGGGUUGGCCUUGUUGAAGUCCUGUCAAGAUGACUUGAUAAAGUUACCUUUUGAGAAACUCAUACAGGCGUUGCGUAAUUUUCCUGAAGAAGUGAUGGAUCCUGAUACAUUAUUGCCCUUGGCCUAUACGAUCAAGAUUUCGAAGCGUUUAGAAGACUUGAGGCUUGAAUAUGAGAAAGUACAUGGGAAAGAAGGCCAACCUAUCAUAACAAGAGGGAAGCAGAAAAAACUAUUAGAAAGGCAUGGUUCUUCACGUCGUGGCAAGCGAGCUGAGAAGCAGAAUGGAGAAGUAAAUCAGUCUCCUGAAGGUAUCUUGCAACAAAAACUCUCUUUGCGGAGGCAUUUCUCCCGUCGAAAGGAAGAACAUGACAAGCUCGAUGGGCCAACGGCUAAAUCUGAUCAGGAGUUUUUACAAAGACGUGACUGUCAGCUUAUGUCUAGACAUGCUACUACUUGAUAGAACCAAAUCGAUUCUUUCAUUCUUUCAUAUUGUGAUUGUACAUUUCGGUGAAUGUAUACACAACGAUUAGUGCCCAUUAGGCCAAUACAAUUGCUUAUGCAAAUCUGAUUUUUGUGGUCAUUGAUUAAUGAUUAUGGUGGUUUUAUGAAAGUGGGUUACAUGGCUGUUUUGUCA